AUGUCUGACGCCGCUACUGCCGCCGCACCCGCUGCCUCUGCACCAGCCAAGGCCACCAAAAAGAAGCCUGCAGCCAGCAAACCUAAGGCCCCGUCUGCUCACCCACAGUACAAGGUGAUGAUCGCUGCCGCCAUCAAUGCUUUGAAAGAGCGAGGUGGAUCUUCCCGCCAGGCCAUCCUCAAGUACAUCAUCGCCAACUACAAGGUGGGAAACAACCCCACGGCCAUCAAUGCGCGUCUCAAGGCCGCUUUGAAGGCUGGAGUUAAGGCCGGCAACUUGAAACAAUCCAAGGGAACCGGCGCAGCUGGUUCAUUCAGGCUCGGCGAGAAAUCUGAGAAAAAGCCCGCAGCCAAGAAGGUAGCUAAAGCCAAAUCUCCAAAGAAGGUUGCCAAGCCCAAGAAAGCCGGAGAAGCAAAGAAACCCAAAGCCGCCAAGAAGACCGCCAAGAAAGCCGCAGCUGCAAAGAAACCCAAGUCCCCUAAGAAGACAGCCGCCGCCAAGCCCAAGAAACCCAAGACUCCAAAGAAGGCAGCAGCAGUGAAGCCUAAAGCUGCCAAACCCAAAGUUGCCAAGAAGCCUGCAGCAGCCAAGAAGGUAAAGACCCCGAAGAAGGCAGCAGCCAAGUGA